CUCAUGGCUUUAUCGGCAAAAAUAGUGCAAUUGCGGAAAAAGUCAAAAAGUGUCUCGUCUAUGUGUACAAACAAAGCGUGUUGGUUUUGGCCAAAGAGAGCGAUUUAUUACGUCAACGAACCAAAGGAUACAGUGACAUUAUGCACACUCGGUAUCGGCACAGCUUUCGGCGAGUCCAUAUUGGACAACAAUCCACACAGUGCUACUGUGGUUACGAACGAACAUUGCGAACUCCUGCGCAUCGAACAACGCGACUUCAAGGCGAUAUGGGAGCGAAACAGGCAUUUGAUGGAGGACAUCGUAUCUCCCAUCAGCACACUGCGCACAUUAACAGGACUUCCCAAGAAAGAUGAUAGUCAGACAUCGAACGGCAACGUUCGAAAUCUUUCCCCUGGCAGCAAAGAUUCUCCCUCACCUGAUGGACCAAAUCCUGCUCUUCCUAUUACUGAGGAACCUUCGUCUGCUCUUUCCAGAGCUGGCUGGGUGCUUCGGACACUUAUCUUAUGCCAGAGCCCCCACCAUAUCCGUGAUCGCAAGCAUAACAUGCGGACCUUCCGGAAGUGCCUCGUCGGUUCGGAAAUGGUAGAUUGGCUCAUGCAGCAAGGAGCCCCCUAUGUUCGCAUACACAGUCGAGCCCAGGCUGUUGGCAUGUGGCAGGCCCUCAUGGAGGAAGGAGUCCUUGCUCAUGUGACCAAUGAGCAUCAAUUUAAAGACAAAUAUUUAUUCUACCGGUUUCGAGAAGAUCAGCAGGAGAGUUCUCUUCCGACUCUUGAGGACAGGCAGCAAGCAGACGCAGAAUUACCUGAAACCUUAGCUUUACUUCUACAAUUGGCUCCAGAUGCAAUAUUUCGCAUGAUUCUAAGGAAGCCACUCGAUGACAGGACGGCAGAAGAUUUGGAGAUUAUUUAUGAAGAGCUCUUGCACAUUAAGGCUCUAUCGCACCUGUCCAACAGCGUGAAGAGAGAACUGGCUGGGGUACUGGUCUUCGAAUCACACCCAAAAGCUGGAACAGUCCUGUUUAACCAAGGGGAUGAAGGAAAGUCAUGGUUUAUUAUUCUUCGGGGUUCAGUCAACGUGGCUAUCUAUGGAAAGGGAAUUGUUUGCAGCCUUCAUGAAGGAGACGAUUUUGGCAAGUUAGCAUUGGUCAACGACGCACCAAGGGCAGCUACAAUCGUUACUAGGGAGAACAACUGCCAUUUUCUUCGAGUUGACAAGGAAGACUUCAAUAACAUCAUUAGGGACGUAGAAGCAAAUACUGUUCGUCUAAAAGAGCACGGACAAGAUGUUCUCCUCUUGCAAAAGAUCUCUACGGAUGGAAAGGUUGCUAAUGGAACACAUUCUCAUUAUAAGUAUAUGGUCAUGGCUGGAACUCCACAAAAAAUGUUGGAGCACCUCUUGGAGACCAGGAUAGAUCAAAGAAAUGAGGACGCAACCGACACAUUCCUAGAAGAUUUUUUAUUGACUCACGUGAUAUUUAUGCCAAGUCACCAAUUAUGUCCUGAGCUUAUGAGACACUAUAGGAUAGACGCAGCCAACUCUAGACAAGAGAAGGAGUUUAUCAUAGCUAACAAGAAACGUGUCUUGCAGUUUGUACAAAUAUGGGCAUCGAUCAUUCGAUCAGCUUUUUUUGAAGAUUCUAGCAUAGCAACUUUUUUACAAGAGCUUCAUGAGGCUGUAGCAGAAGAUUGUCCAAAGUUUGGGCUGCACGAAGAACUAUCUGUAAUAUCUAAAAUUUUAGAAACAAAACAAAAGUACGAAAAAGACAUAACUGGUGUGCCUCAUCGGUGGAAAGUAGGUCCCUAUGGGCAAAUUCGUCUUCUUUUAGCCAGUGAAUCUCAAGAUGAGGAAAGAACGGAAUUUCGAAGGUGUAUAAAAUCUUCCGAUGAAGUCGUUUUUCGAGUCUACUGCGUCGAUCACACGUAUACGACGAUCAAGACUUCAGCGGGUGCUACAGCAGAGGCCAUCAAAAGAAGCGCAGCUGAAAAAUUGGGCCUGAAAGAUGAACUCUUGCUUGUGGAAGUGAAAUCCACGUCAGAAAGAGUCAUCUUCAAAGAUUCUGAAGUUAGUGUUCCUACUGGGCUGAGCGUGAACGGAAGAAUAUUUUUGGCCCCAACGGAUCAAGUUGAAUCAUUAACACCUUUGCCUGAACAAGAUGGCCCGACAGAUGGCACUGGAAUACUUUUGGAGACGUUAAAUUCUUUGGAUAUUGCUUACAACAUGACUGUUUAUGAAUGGGACUUGUUUUCAUGUGUACAUGAGUACGAAUUGAUCUAUCAGGUGUUUGGUCGCCAUCAGUUUCGAAAGAUCAUGUCAAACCUGGACGUCUUCUUAAGGCGCUUCAACGAGAUUCAGUUUUGGGUUGCCACAGAAAUGACACUCGCCAACACCAUCGGAAGGAGAGUGACUCUGCUCCGCAAGUUCAUCAAGAUUGCUGCCCACUGUCGGGAGUACCAAAACAUGAACAGCUUCUUCGCCAUCGUCAUGGGCUUGAGCAACGUGGCUGUUAGCCGGUUGAGCCAGACUUGGGAGAAACUACCGAACAAGCUGAAACGUACAUUUGCUGAUUUCGAAGCACUAAUCGAUCCAUCCAGAAAUCAUCGAAGAUAUCGAUUGACGGUGGCAAAAAUGGUUCCCCCCAUCAUCCCGUUCAUGCCCUUGCUCCUGAAGGACAUGACCUUCUCGCACGAGGGCAACAAGACCUACAUGGAGGGCCUAGUGAAUUUUGAAAAAAUGCAUAUGAUUGCACAAACUUUACGGACCAUUAGAAAUUGCAGAAGUCAACCUCUUGUUUUGGACCAGCCCCCUGGAAAUAAAUCUCAGCAAGACGUGAGGAAUUACAUCAGGAAUUUGAGGAUAAUAGACAAUCAGAAGCGGCUGACACAACUGUCCGACACAUUGGAACCUAGACGGCCAUGAGUCAUCUGCACAUCCUCAUCCUUACUAAACACGAACAGUUGCAGUGGCACAUCGUCCCAAAUAAUUUAUUCAAAGCAAAUGUGAAGCUUUCUGCUGAAAACAUAUCAGAAUAUACCUGAGGGAAAAAUUCUGGAGAAACGACUGUCAGUUAUUCUAUAAAAACUUCCAAAUUGAAUGUGUACAGAGAGUGUGGCUGAAGCUCUAAAUGACAGGACCCUGUCGAACUGGUUUUCUAAAGCCAUUUUGAUUAACUUCAUUUAAUCGCCUUUACCUGAGCCUGAGCAAAUAAAAUUCAUAGAACUUACGAUGAAACGUGGCAGAUUAUUCCCGAUUCCAUAAAAAUGAUCUCACCAUUUCAUUUACAUGAUCACUUCAAUUCUAGUCAGAAAGUUGUCAUUCAUUUGUCCUUUUUUGCACUGAACUUCAUCGUCCGUCAUAGCGAAAAUUCUCAAUUUGUUGUACCAGAAAUAUGUUUCAAUACUAGUCGUUUAAAAACACAUGUUAGGUACAUUCAUAUGUUUAUAUACAUCUAGUUGAGUUUACCAUCGCGUGUCACAAAACCUCACUUAAUAUUCUGCAUUCAUGAAGUCUACUUCAAGUUUUACCUGAAGAUCUUUGGUGGGCUCCUCUAUUGAUCUUGAAUUCAUAUCGUUAUCAUUUUUCGUCAUAUAUUGUCAUUCCCUAAGUUUGUAUUUGGAUACCAUGACGACGUUAUUUUCUAUAUGAUUUGUUCUAGAACCGCUAUAUAUACAGGUCGACGCAUCAGAUUAAGUUUAGCCAUUUUAAAUCGGAAUUUUUCAUUGUUGCGGUGCUGGGGUUACCAGAGCAAAGUUUCGAGUUUUGUCAACGUGGCUAAAAAUACUAUUUUAUUUAAUAAACAAUUUACGAGAGAGCUGCUAAUAAUUGCUCGCAGUGAAAAAUCACCAAAUACGAUAACUUGUCAGAAAAGAUCUACUCAAAACACGCGAUCCGAUCGAAAAUGGCUGACCUUAAGCUGAUACGUCGGCUCGUAUAUAUAGGGGGCCUUAGUUUGUUCAUUUUGUUUAGGAGAAUUUCAUAUCCAUUCGUAGUUUCCACUUUUUGGCGAUAUGUUUCAUUAGUUGUUAUCAUGUCCUUAAAGAAAACUCUUCAGCAACAUUGGAGUUUUGUUAGAACGUGAGCAUGUUAAAUAAAGGGGUGUCGUUUAUACGCAUUACAUUAAACGUUGCUCAUUUCAAACCAUGAUAUUUAAAACUAUUGUUACACAUUCAUAAAAGUAAGAGCAUGUGACCAAAAACAGUACUUUUUCAGGACAAAAAGGAUUUAAAUAUUGAUGAUAAAAGCUUAAAGAGCAUGUAAAUUUUUGGUUUUUAAAUUGGUUUGGGAUUAUCUAAAAUUUGAAAAUGUAUUUUUUCUUUUUUGUUUCAAUUUGUCCAUUUCUUGAAUUAUGUUUUUUUUUGAAUGAAAUUUAAAUUCUUUGGGUAGAAAUCUGUCUCAGAAAAUAUUUUUUUUUGUUUCGCUUCUUCACUAUUUAAAAUAAAAUGCGCUUGAAAAUAUUACUUAAAUAUUUAAGUUCUUAUUCUUGAUGUUACAAAAAAUCAUUGCAUUGUGAAGUUAUCCACAUAUUCUACUUUUAGCUAGUGUUAUGGGAGUUUUAAUAAAAUUGCUCGUUACAGAACAAUUUUAAGAAAAAUUGUUACAGAUCCAAAUCCUUUUGUGUCACAAUUUUGAUUUUAAAAACUAUUUUUGUUGUUGGGGAGAAAAAUCUAUACUAUCCCUAUGUUAUUGUUUCAAAGAAUUUAUUUCAAAAACAAUAUUUAAGUAUCGACGUAAAUGCAAUUGAAUGAAAGAUUCUUUUAAAUUAUUUUGCUCAAAAUCAGUUCUGUUCAGUUUUGUUCGCAUGAAAGUGCGAUUUUCACAUUUUUAUGAAAUUCCAUUAAUACAUCCAAAACUAUAAUAAUACAAAAAUGUUCCUAUACCCGAAUGCAUUUAUAUGUAACUUGCUUACAUAUUAAACGAUUUGAGCCUCUAUUUUUGUUAAAUAUCAUAACCAUCACAAAAGCUCUAAAAUGGCUGUGAGUUGAAGCCUUGAUUUGAACAUUUUGUAUUGAUUCUGGCAAAUUCAGUCAAUUUCAAUUUUCCAAUGAUCAAUCAGUCCUUUCAAUUUUCAAUCAAAAAUGGAAGAUUUAAAGCUUUUGUUUUGAUUAAUGAAGCAAAGUUUAACAUGUAGAGUUGAUGUCGAUCAAUGAUCCAAGCUCAACUUCAAAAAAAAAAAAAAAAAGGCUAUAAAUUAAAAGCUUACAGUUUGCAUUUAAAUGUUCGCACUUUAGCGAUAUAAAUCAUUUUACUUGCACUGUCUAUUUUUAUUUCUGAUCAU